UCCAUGCUGCAUUCUUCAAAAACAUAUUUUGUACUUGUACAAAGUGGAUAGUUUUUGUAAAAGAAGAAUUAAUUUUACUAUGAAUAUUAGUCUAGAUGAGCAGCGUAAUUGGACAGCAGGUGAAGUCGGAUGGUCGCUGGGGUAUGUUAGCGAUGAAGUGAGCCUCCUCUUCCAAGCCAUCAACUUUGCUGUGGUGUGUCAGGCGAUAGACAUCUUUGGCACAGUGACCAACAUUAUAAACAUUGUCGUCUUUUGGAAGCAAGGAUUUAAAGACUCUGUCAAUGUUAGUCUGUUUGCACUUGCGGUGUCGGAUGUCGGAAUGUUGGGAACGCUCAUCUGGCUUAACCUUUGUUUCAACCCUUUGUUUCACAACCUUGACCUACCCUUUGACUCAGUGGAAAUACAGUAUCUGACUGCCGGGUGGCCGCACGUGGUGUUCACGCGAAUUACCAGCUGGAUCACGGCUUUUAUCACCCUGGAGAGAUGCCUCUGCAUUGCAUUACCGUUGAAGAUCAAAAGUCUUCUCACAGCAAGGAGAGUCAAAGUUAUAAUGGUGUCCAUCUUUCUUAUUCUUAUCGCAAGCGUCACUCCGGUCUACUGUGUCAACUCGUAUGGCUGGAAAUAUUUUCCUUCCCGGAACAAGACUCUCAUAGGCCUCGUCUACACCCCUGACCGCGAGUCAGUAGAGAAAGUGUCCUUCACCUUCAACAACAUCAUCAUCCCAUUCUCCGCCUUCCUGACCAUCGUCUGCUGUACCUUGGUGCUGGUCGCCAAACUGAGGAGCAAGGCGAAGUGGAGGAGGAAGUCCACCAGCGCUGGACAGACAGACCAGAUGACUAGCCGAGACCAGAAGGUCACCAAAAUGGUGGUGAUGAUUUCCACCCUCUUCAUCGUCUGCUUCACCCCAAUAUGCGUCGUGUUCAUUGGGAUGACCGCUGAGCCGGACUUGUCCAUCAAUGGGAAGUAUCACAAUAUGUUCUUUGUGGUUUUCUCUUUCGGCUUUAUCCUUGAAAGCACCAACUCCGCCAUGAACAUAUUCAUCUACUACAAAAUGAGUUCUCGCUAUCGCCAAGUCUUCAGAGAAGUGUUCCUCAGACAAUCGCCUUUGAAAAACACUUUUUAAAAGCUUGCAAAGUACAGAGAAAAACGUUCCCUGGCCUCAAGCUUCACAUUAUUGUUGUUUUAAUAUAGACAUUAUUGGCCAUAUUAUAUAUU